CAAUCUGCGACUGUAGUGCCUCUUUUGGAAUUCCGCCUCCUGAAAAGUUGACUUUAACCAAUGGGUGAAGGGACCUUCCCCCCCUCCACACCGACCCCCCCGGAAGAUGUUGAGCCCAGAAACCUGUUACCUGGAUCUGCAGGGACCAAUGGGCGAAGGAACCCGGGGGCGAAGGAACUCUUUCCAUACUUUCUGGGAGUUGUAGUUCCCCAAGGGUCUCGUAGGCGCCCGGUGCCCAGCUAGAAACUACAACGUCCACAAUGCUGCGCGCCGCGCGCCUUGCCUCUCUCCGGUGUCCCCCGCUCGGCUUCCCAGUACCGCCUCUUGGCGGCGGCAGCAGAGGCACCAUGGCCGACGGCGGCGGCCCUCCCGAGGCGCCCAGUCCCCGGGGCUCCCCGGGCCGGGUGCCGCGGGUCCCGCGCCCGGGCGGCCCGGGAAGCGGCGGCGGCUGCUGCGGGGAGACGUCGAGGACGCCGGCGCUGGCGCUGCGCUUCGACAAGCCCAUCAAGCAGGCCUUUUACAACACGGGAGCCGUGCUGUUCGUGUGCCUGUGUUGCGGCGCUGCCGUGCUCGUCUACUUCAUCCUGGAGGCCUUCCUGCGGCCGCUGCUGUGGGCCGUGCUGUGCGGCACCUUCUUGCACCCCUUCAAGAGCUCGCUGACGCGCCUGGGCCGCCACUGGCUGCAGCGCCUGCACCGCGCGCACACGCCCAUCGUGCUGGCCGCGCUGCUGCUGCCGCUCUGCUUCGCCGACUACGGCGUGGAGGCCCUGGGCGAGCAGGCGCUGCGCCGCCGCCGCCUGCUGCUGCUGCUCGGCGCCGGCGGCCCGCUCCUUUACGGCCUCUACAGCCUCGGCAGCUACCUGGGCGUGCAGGUGCUGCUGGCACACGCCGGCGCGCUCAUCUGCCGCGGGCUGGACUACUUCAGCAGCCUGUGGAUCUGGACGUUGGUAGUUGGCUAUGUGUUGACUGUUUCAUUCAAGUGGAAUGCAAGCACUGAACGCUACUUGCGAGCAGUUUCAAUUCCUGUCUGGAUUAUAUUGCUUUUUCAUUUAGCAUCCCUGGCUGGCUCAUGGAGAAUUCCAGUGUUCCUGGUUAUUGUUUUCCUGAUGUCUGUGGGCACGCUGUAUGAGAAACAGAAUGGAAAAGAGUCUUCUGGAGCAGAGUUACCAGGGCAGGUUAUUUCCAUGGCAGCUUCUACUCUGGCAACCUUGGCCAUCUCCAUCACAGGGUACGAAUCAAACCCUGAGGACCCGCCCUCCGCCCACCCUGCAGAAACCAUGGACAGAGGAGAGCCCCCUGCAGCGCUGUCCUCCUCUCCUUCACCUUCCUCCCCUUCACCCACUCUGGGCAGACAAAGGCCUGAAAUGGGAACGUUUGUCAGGAAGAAGAAGACCAGCGACAUCUACUUCGUGUCCCUCGUGUGGGCCAUUAUUGGAGUCCAGCUCUGGUUGAAUCUGUGGAUUAUACAGUUGCUUCCAGUGCCUAUUGCAGUUUGGAUCCUCAAAAAGCUUGUUAUUCACUUUGGAGUGGUGGACUUCCUGGAGAAACGCUGCCUCGUGUGGUGGCAGGCCGUGGAGCACUUCCUCAGGGAGCGGCAGGAGGCUCUCGCCCCAUGGCCAGUUGUUGGGCUUGGAAAAUUCUUGUUAAAAGUUGAUAGCAAGCUCUGGCACUGGCUAAAUAAGAAGAUGAUCAUCUGGUUGGAGAAGAUGUUAGACAAAAUAAUAAGCAUUUUCAUCAUAUUUUUGUUAGUAAUAGGAACCCUUCUUUUAGCUCUACUCCUGACUGCAAAGGUACAUCAAGAGAGUGUACACAUGAUUGAAGUCACAAGCAAUUUGAUUAAUGAGACUCUAGCAAAUCACCCUGAGUGGGCAAAUUGGCUUCCUGAGGCUCAAGUAGUCCAAAGAGCCCUCAAUUCUGCAGCUAACAACGUGUACCAGUAUGGAAGAGAAUGGAUAACACACAAGCUUCAUAAAAUUCUGGGAGAUAAGGUGAACAAUACUGCUGUAAUUGAAAAGCAAGUACUAGAACUUUGGGACAGAUUGUAUCAUUCUUGGUUUGUAAAGAAUGUAACGCACUCUGGAAGGCACAAGGGACACAAGAUGCAUAUAAAUCGUCAGAAUAGCUGGCUGGGAGACAUCCUGGACUGGCAGGAUAUCGCCUCCUUUGUUCACGAGAACAUCGAGACGUUUCUUUCGAUCUUGGAGUCUCUGUGGAUUGUCAUGAGCCGGAACGUGAGCCUGCUUUUCACCACCGUCACAACUCUCCUGACCAUCCUCUUCUACAGUGGGACUGCCCUUCUCAAUUUUGUCCUGUCUCUGAUAAUUUUCCUGACCACCCUAUUUUAUCUAUUAAGUUCCAGCGAUGAGUACUACAAGCCAGUGAAGUGGGUGAUAAGCCUGACACCACUAUCUCAGCCAGGUCCUUCUUCUAAUAUUAUUGGCCAAUCUGUGGAAGAAGCUAUCAGAGGAGUGUUUGAUGCUUCCCUCAAAAUGGCUGGCUUCUACGGAUUGUACACAUGGCUGACUCAUACCAUAUUUGGCAUCAAUAUUGUCUUCAUACCAUCAGCUUUAGCAGCAAUCCUGGGAGCGGUACCAUUUCUGGGGACAUACUGGGCAGCAGUACCUGCAGUUCUAGACCUGUGGCUUACACAAGGCUUAGGGUGCAAAGCCAUCUUACUGUUGGUUUUUCAUCUCUUGCCAACAUACUUUGUAGAUACUGCCAUCUAUUCGGAUAUAUCAGGAGGUGGGCAUCCUUACUUGACAGGCUUGGCAGUGGCUGGUGGGGCUUACUACUUGGGCCUGGAAGGAGCAAUCAUUGGGCCCAUACUUCUCUGCAUACUCGUGGUCGCUUCUAAUAUCUAUAGUGCCAUGCUAGUGAGUCCCACGAAUUCAGUGCCCACGCCAAACCAGACCCCGUGGCCUGCUCAGACUCAGCGGACUUGCCAUGAUAUUUCUGACGAUCUGAAAUCUUCAGUAAACUGACAUGGUUUGCAACAGAGUGAUUUCUGUAGGAGGUUCAGUCUUGAUAGUGAGUUCAGCCCAGCUGUGGCCUUCUGUCCUUUCAUCUGUGCCUAGCAAACAGAGCCCAGGAAAGAAGCAGAACCCUCCUGGCCUUCCAAACAGAAUGCCUGGACAAGAGAGAACUUGCUGUGUGUUGCUUUGCCUUUUAAAGCACAGCUUUAGAGCUCAGAAUUGUGGUUUGCUCACUUACUUCUUGCUAAGAUGGCUUGAAAAGUUUCAGUUUAUACACUGGUACCAUGGCUCGAAAUUUCCCACUUUUGGUUAUCUAUAUUAUUAUUAUAUGUAUUUAUAAAGUUAUUUUAAGAGUCCUGAACUACCUGCUGUUAAAAGUAUUUGCCAUGUAAUUUUCUUCUGGUUUAAGAAAUCUGUUCUUGAACUUUUUUAUGACCGUCACGUUUUAAUGAAGAGGGUUUUUCACUUUUGAAUAUGUAGUUGUUUGAGCGGGAAAAGGAAGCCUUCUACCCUUGUACCUACUCCCCUCUAGAAGUGUAAGGUGGGGUGGCUUAUUUCAAGGUCAUCUAGGUGUGUGUUGCAACCACAGGAGCCACAGAAAAACAAGCUCUUCCUGCCCUUUCUCCUCCCUCCAUCUGCCAUUACACUAUUGCCAAAUUCUUAAAACUUGGUUGACUACUUUGAAGCAACAUACUUACUAAGCUGCUGUUAAUGGUACCAGUAUGACAGAAUUCAUGUUGUGGUUCAGUUUUUCUUUCCAAAUGCUUUAAGUGAAAAAUCUCAGGAGUAACAGUUCUCUGAGUUGUUAAAUGGAUCCCUGUUUACUUACUUGGAAUUCUGCCAAUUAGUUACUUAUUAGCAGUAGAAUGUUACAGUUAGGUAGUAUUUUUCCAUCACUUGGCAGAGUGCGUUGCACCUAAGACUCUAGAUGAAGGCUUGUCGAAUUAUGACUUUUUAAGUCUCCCAGACAUCGCAAUAACCAGCAUAGUGCUUUGCAUUUUACAAAGUCAUUUUGCGCGUAUUCUUUCACUAUCACUUCCCGGCAGCUUUCAUACAGCUUUAUGGUAUUUUAUAACACUUUCAUACAGAUGGGAAAACUAAGGUUCAGAAAAGUUUAGUAAGAUUUUUACCUCAAAUUUUUCUGACUUCACUGUCUGCCAGCUCUGCUCUGCUGUAGCCUUUCUUCUAAUUCCUUUUGCAGUUUUCCCAGCACUUGUCCUGCAGUUAAUGACAGGCUGGGACUAGAACCCAGCUCUUAGCUUGGUGUCCUUCCCACGGUAGAAAACAAUCAUCAGGCUCUUUCUCCAUCCCCAGGGGAAUAUGGAGGAGAAAGUGUUCCUGAAUAUCAAAGACUUCCCUUUGGAAAACAUUUAAAAGUAGAAAUCCUUCUUUUUCUAAACCAUUGUCUCACUGAGAAGCAUAGUCAGUGAUAAUUAGCUUAAAUUCAUUCUGAUAUUACUUAAGAAAUUAACUCCCUUUAGGAAAGAGGCUACUGUGAAGGUUUUGACUGUUUAUACAGUAGACUGCAUGCAGAUCUCUUGUUUUUACUGUUCUUCUACAAUUAUAAUCUGAUAUUACACCAACUGUUCCAUUUGGCCGCUAACCGACUCCUUUUUUUCUUUAGCCAGUUGUUCAGUCAUUCGUUCAGCAACACAUUCAUUGAGAGUUGGCCCUCUCUGGUUUCCAUGCCAACCGCUGUACAGGGUGCUAUAGGGGAUAGCUCCUGGGAAGGCCUUCUCCCACCGUAAAUCUUAGCCAGAUCAUGUGCUUGCUAAAAUUAUGAAUUUUGCAGUAAAAGGGUUAAAAAAGAAAUCAGGUUUGUUUUUGUUAAUUGUAUACUGAUAAGUUUAUAGCUAUAAUUGGCACAUAUUCAUAAGCGGCAAGUGUUAGACACAGUUUAGUGUGCAUAAACAAAUUAUGUUCCUCCAAAGUGUUUUUAGCUGAAUAAAGUGAUACUGCAAAAGACUAAACUCCAGCUAAUGUAUGGCUGUUGCCGGUCAUAAUUAUUAGUAUAAAUACCAGAUUCUUUAGAAAAGAACUUGGAGCCCUAAGAGAAUAGUUUAGAGCUCCCAAAAUGGGCAGUGAUGUAAUAUCACCUAAAAAAUCAGUCCUACACACGGUCCUCAUGAGGAGACCGGAACUGCGCUGGUGCUUCCGCAAGCGCAGAAGGACUCCGAAGGCCAACCAGCUGGGGGAGGAGCCCUCGGCCAGAGAAACCUAUCCCCUCAGACAGACAGUGAAGAGGCUUUACAAGAUUUUCACAGGGCACAGAGCUCACGUGGCAUGAAAAGCAAGGAGUCUCAAGCUCAGGUCUCAAAAUGGCUUGCCCCCAGAUUCCCAGGAUUUGUCCCAGAAAGAGUACAUUUCCUAGGAACAGACAGUGCAUGGAUGAAGUAGCUUCAGUAAACACGGAUGCAGAAAGCCUAUCACAAGUCUUACAAUUUUAUAGCUUUAUUAAAGAUUAGUUUUAAGUUCACAUUCACUAUUUCAGUUGUAAACCGAAUGGGGGAAUGAGAAAAGAUAAAAGUCUCCACACAGAUGUGCUCCUCUCUCUUCCGAGAAUAAGGUAUAGCAUUUUUAGCAUAAACACCAUGUCCUAUAAAUCCUUCUGCAGUUCCAAAAUUCCUGUCACAUUCUGUGUUUCUGGAAGUGAUCUGUCACACUGCCUGAGAUACAACUCUUAUUUAUGUUUAAACUUGUGAGGAUUCCUACCACUCUCUUCCAUUAGAGGUAGUUAGCUGGUAGAAUUUUCCUGUGACUUGUGAGACUGGUGUAGAUUGACUCUUGACAAAGAGGAUUACCCAGGAAGUGUUCUGAAGGCCUGCUGUAUUUAAACAAACUCAGAGCCUUUGGAAACAGCAGCUGUUUAUUCCAGUUAAAGGGCUGCUAAAAGGCUUGCAGAUGAGGUUCUCUGGCUAACCUUGGUCUUAAAUACCCAUUGUGACCUUACUCAUACCCCUAGUUCCCACACUGGUUGUAUCUAGUGCUUUAGAAUGUGUCCCUACUGGGCAAGAAAUACUCAGAAAUUCAGGCCAUGAAGGGUUAGAUUAGAGCAAAAGAAUUUUAGGUGAGCUAUCCAGGGCUCUCAGCGUCAGGGUUUGUAGGAAAAACCCCUUCAGAACUUCCCAUACUCUAGUCCUGACUGGCAGUUUCCUGUAGGGGUCUUCUAAGACCCUUACAAGAGUAUUACACUAGGCAUUUCAUAUUGGAGGUAGUCUCUGGCAAUAUACUUCCAAGUGUUAGUUCCAGCUGAGAGCAACUUUUUUUUUUAAUUAGUUUUUGUCCUUACACAUUUGCCAUCAAAAUAUAUUCAUUUCAUUAAUUUAUUAAGGACCUGCAAAAAAUGUGCUACCUGAAACCACUGAGCAGUUAUUUUUUUUUGAUAGUUUAAAAAUAAGAGAAUUGUAAAUCAAGAUGAUCUGUCUACUAGUCAUAGAAAUUCUGUGCUAGAAUGGGCCUUACAUAAUUAGGCGAUCCUGUCAUUUUCUAGGGGAGAAAAUAAAUCCAGAUUAAAGUGGCUUUUCUACCACACAGAGAGUCAGUUAGUAACAGAAUUCUGAGUAGAAUACAGUUGUUUUUUUUUUUCCUUAGCCCACUGUUCUGUGUCUCUUCCCUUUCCCUUAUAGCUGAGCAGCUUUUGGAAAAAUGUGUUCCUUAUAGCAGUAGUUUCAAGAGAUGUUAUUAGAUGUUAUAAGAGACAAAAGUGGGCAUGGGGGGAGGGGACUCCAUGGUCAGUUAAAAUUGAGGAAUGCUGAGUUGUUUCCUUUCUGUAGGACUUCUAAGAGUUUUUAGCGUGCUAUUAUAUAUUGUGAACUUAUGAGGGGACAGAUUGUGUUUACUACACUUAUUUGACCUUAAACUGCACUCCCCUCCCCCACCCUCCCAUCCUUUUAGCAGAGCUUCUCCAAGGACUACUAGUCCUUUGGGAAACAUGGCUCUCGAGUAAGUUUACAGCUCUUUUAGGAGACAUCCUUAAUGGAAAUUCUGAAUGGUAUAUCUGUUACCAUAGUACCACAUAAACUAUAAUAAAUCUCAAAGUUUAGUGAGAUACCAGAAAGAGAACCUAUUUGCCAUUCAGAGCUAUACGUCAAGUAUAGAGAUUCUUUUCCACCUAUGGUGUGUAAAAUCAGUAUUUGUGUUUAGUUUUGCAAGUUUUUCCAGGAUCUAGUAAUGUGCAGAUACAGUGAUGAUAUAUUGAUAUUACAUUUUUAUAAUGCUUUUGUAUGUCACUUUAUAGUUUUCAGACUGCUUUCUUAACAACCCUGUGAGAUAGGCAGGCGUUAAGUAUUAUUGAAUGAGGCACUGGAGGCUCAGAAAGGUUUUUUGUGAAUUUUCCCUUAAGUUUAUACCUUAAAUGAUGGAGCCAGAAUUCAGUGGCAGAACUUCUGACUCCAAGUCCAGAGUUCUUUACUCCAUACCUGGUUUCUUAUUUUUCUUCUGGCUUUAUAGCUUACAGUGAAAGGUGUGGAAAUGAAUCUUAAAGUAACAUCAUUUUGGCUAUUACCAAAUCCUAUUUCUUUUUUAUUGCAGUGACCCAGAAGGUGUAACUCUCAUUAUAGCUGUCCCCAAGAAAACCCUUCUUCUGUCUUUUGCAGUGCCACUUGUUUGGGUGACUAGAGUAUAUUUCAAAUACCAUUUGAUUCGGAAACCAAGCUUGGAUAUAUAGUUGUAACUGCUUAUGUAACUUUUGGAAAAGAUAUCCUCUGCAUUCUCAGGCAAAGUAGAGAUGGUUUGAAAGCAAAAAAGUUUAUUCAAAUAUAACAGUACAUAUUCUUUAUUCUCACACAGAUGCUACUUCUUGGCUUUAACUUGCUUUGACAAACUUCUAAUGUAACCUCUUUGUAAAUGUGAAAUAUUUAUAUUUUGAAAUAAAAUUACUAGUGUUGAAUGAAUCAGAUG